CCGCAAAAAAAAAAAAAAAUUCCUUCAGUGCGCGUGAAGCUGCUCUGCACGGCAGCAACAGCAGCAGCCGCAGAUUAGGCCCUUUCAAAGCGUCCCUUUUCACUGCCAAAUGCCCACUUCAUCCACAUCCAUCGAAAUCCUUUUCCUCCCCUCGAUCUUUUCAAACAAAAACAUCUCAUUUCUCCAUACACUCACUAUUUUCCUCAGUUCCUUUCGCUUCUCUCCUUUUCUUCACCUUCACUUUUGUUCUUCUUUUUGAUCCCAUAAUUCCCUUCUUUUUUGAAACGAAUCAUUUUACAUUUGCGUCAAGACAUAUAAAAAAGAACAAAAACCCUUUCUUCUCUGCUCUCUUCUCUCACUUUCUCAACUCUUCCUUCGCUUUAUUGUACGUCCUUUUUUCUCUUCGUAGAUUCCUCUAUUUCUUUUGCUACAUUGCCCUUUUUAACCAGUUUCAGACAUUUCUUUGCUAUGUAAAAUAAAGGGUCUUUUUCUUCUGUUCUUUCUUGGCUAUUUUUUUGGGGUUUAGAUUGUUGGGUAUCAGUGAACAUGAUUUAAACUUGAGUUUCUUUUGAAUUUUUUAAAAAACUUUUCUGGGUUUUUUGGAAAUGUCGGUGGUAAGAGAAAUGAAUGAGCAGACAGAGAAAACGGCGUCGGCUUUGGCUAUAACGGAGAAGAAGCCUCAUAGGACUGGUGGCUGUGUUGGCAUUUUCUUUCAACUCUUUGAUUGGAACAGAAGAAUUGCAAAGAAGAAACUUUUCUCCCGAAAAUUACUUCCUCCUGCCCGUAGCAAAGCUUCGAAAAAAUUUGGAGGAGAUGAAAAAAUGCCCAAAUCCAAGCUUCAUUUGAUUGCUGAUGAGAAUAAAGGGGGAUUUCCAAAUGUGAAGAAGAAUAUCAAACAUAGUAAUGGAGAAACGGAACAAAAGCAUGAAAUGCGAGCUCCAGGUUUGGUUGCUAGGCUAAUGGGACUAGAAUCCUUGCCUGCUGUGAAAAGAGAUAAGUCUAAUAAGAAGGCCCUGGUUUCAGGAAGUAAUUCCGAUGUUAGAGAUGGUAAAAUGUUGAACAGUCAAAGUGGGGCUAAUGGGGAGGCUUUGGCUUUGGAGAAGAGUGGAGUGAAAAUUGAAGCAAGUCCUCAGAAAUUACAGAAGAUAAAGCCAUAUGAUAGACGGGUGGUUCCUAGGUUUGGAGCUGAGGCAUUGCAAAUUAAGGGUGUUUUGUCGCUAUCUAAAAAACAUCAUCAUCAAAAGUUUGUUUCUCCUGUUAAGUGUCCAAGGAUUUCUUCCGCUAGGAAUGCAUCUAGGGCAUCUAGGUUGAUUGAUGCUGCUGCUAAAAUUCUGGAACCUGGGUUGCAUGCGACAAAUAGAGCCAAAUAUGCUCUUGCUUAUUCAAGUUCUAUGCAUUAUUCAUCUAAGAAUGAGGAUGUAACUAAGGGAAUUGGGGUUCUCUCACCUGAUGUUUUGAAACAAUCGGGAUGUAAUGUUAUCACUGGUAAGUCUCCGAUGGGCCAGAUGUCUUGCAAAAACUGUGGUAAUUUGCUUGAUGAGGAGUAUAGAGCAAAGUUGGAGGAGCAGCAAUUUAUUUAUCCAGCCUUUGCUCCGAAUUUCAUAGAUGCUUUUUCUCAAGGAUUAGAAAAGAAUUGGCCAAGGUCUUCCCCAUCCACAUUUAGUCAAGGGAAAGAGGUAAUUUUUGAAAGAGGCAAUGAUCAACCAUUAUCUUCUACUGGUCAAGAAGAGAGCAACGUUCAGUCCAGUAAUGUUUCCGAUGCGUUUAGAAAGCCUCUAUCUGGAGAAGCUCAAGCUCGAUGGCAUUUGACAAGCCAACUGGGCAAACCUCCAAAGAAUGAAAAGUCUCCUAUUUCUUUCAAGCCCAAGACUCAAACUCAAAACCAUAUAUUGCUAGACAGGGAUAGAAUCCCAGCAAGGGCUAAAUUAAAUAAACUUCAAAGUAGGAGAGCCGCUUCUGCUGCAAAUGCUGUUAGUGGAGCCAAAGAUUUUGUUGCCCUGAACAGAAGUUUAACUAGUUGCACCAGACACAGAGUGCCAAUCAAAGUGGAUAGUUGUCCUAUUGACAUUCAGAGAAAAUCUUGUAGUCAUCAGGAUGAUUCCUUGUCUCAGUUAAGGUCUCCGGUAAGAAAGAGGAGAAGAAUUAGAGUUAAUGGGCAAGCUGAAAGUGCAGGUUUCAUCAAUUCGACAAUUGGAAAAGAAAGAACUGCAAAAUGCAAUCCAGUGACUAGAAGAGAUAUGGUGCAUGCUGCUUGCACCGUGGAUCGGAUAUGUGUUAAGAGCAGAUCAACAAGCCAGGAAACUGGUAAUGGAGCCAAGGACAAAAAUGACACUGAUAUUAUUUCUUUCACAUUUAAUUCUCCAUUAAAGCAAAAACAUGUCAUUUCCAGGGAAUUGAAGGAUGAAGGAAAGGAUCAAAUUGACAUUAAUUGUAGAAAUGAUUCUCUUCAGAGAAGCGAAAUAUUGGAAGAUAAUUAUGGAGAAACAUCUGUGCAGAAGAAUUUGCCACUGGCAGGAGAUGCUCUAAAUGUUCUUUUGGAACAAAAAUUGAAGGAAUUGACUUCUCAAGAGGAGUAUGAACUGAAAACAGGUUGUACUCUACCAAAGAGAACAACUGCCAUGAUUCUCCAGGAGCUAAUUUCAGCUUUAACUUCAGAGCAGCCUAACUCUCAGAAUGGUCACCUGUUCAAUUCAGAUACGGUUUUCCAGACCGACGCAAAGGCUGAAGGGACUGCUGCAGUUGGAUUUGUGAGCCAUGGUGAUAAUUUUAGCCCAGGUUCUGUUCUUGAAGCUUCAUUUUCAAAUGAUAGUUGUGUUUCAAGCAGCCUGGAUGGAAGCUUAGGACUUAGGUUGCAUCUGGAUUCCAUGGAUUCCUUAUAUGAUGAACCACAACAAACAGAACCUGAUAAAGAUCUUCUGGAUUCUGCAGCUUCAUUGGACAGAGAGACAUUUGGUAAUGAGAUGAUAACUGAUCUUGUCAACCGAAUUUCCGUUAUGUUGCCUGUCAUCAGUAAUUUUGGUCUUGGAUUAUCCGGAGACAAGCUUAUCCAUGUAAAGGAGGCUAUCAUGAAAGCAGAACUGUUGUUUGGAAAUGUGAUUCCCCAUGAUUCAGAUGAGACAGAUGAUUUUCUCUUGGAGCCCUAUGUACAUUAUGAAAUUGAAACUCUUGCUGGUGCUAUGUGGAUAGAUUUUAAUUCUCUUCUUGGUGUUGAACAGACCAAAGAAAAUAAUCAGCUUAGAGGAUUUCUCUUUGAUUGUGCAAUAGAGUGUUUAGAUUCCAAAUAUGGUCGAUACUGUAACUCUGGAUUUGAAGCGUGGAAAAGCCUACCAUUUUACAUGAACUCACGAAAGCUGAUUCAAGACGUUGCGAACGAAGUUAGAAUGUGGACAAGGUUGGCUGGGAUGGUUCCUGAUGAGUUAAUAGAAUGGGAGAUGAGUUAUUCACUGGGUAAAUGGACAGAUUUUGAUAUCGAGGCAUAUGAAACUGUUGCUGAAAUGGACUGGGAUAUUCUUCGAAAUUUAGUCGAGGAAAUUGUAGUAGACCUGGUUCCCCCUUGAAUUACAUACAGGCCCUAUGAUUUGAGUGUCUUUGUAAAUCAUGUUGACAUGCAACCACUUAAUUCUCUUUGUGAUGAAAUUAAGAUGGUAAUUUUUUGUACAAAUGGGCCAUGGAUGGGAUGGUAUUGUUGCCUGGGGCCAUGGGAUUUGUAGAUGAGCAUUGUAUAAUCUUCUGACUUGGAUGUAACUUGUUCUGAAAUAGCUGAACAACGUGGAAUAGUCUACUGAUUAAUAGUUGUUUUAAGUACUAAAACUGGAAGGUAAAGAUCCUCGCACAAAAUUUUCUUCUUUUGCGAGGAAUAUGCUUGGUACUGAUCAAUUCCUAUUCCUAGGUUACUUGCUGGUGCAAAAACUUGUAAAAAAAAAAGUGAAAGAAGGAAAAAACACAUCUUUUGUUUGGUUUGGUCUUUUUCCUGAAGACUUGAGUAGCAAAAAUACAGGAGAUGACACACUAAUUAAUUGGAAAGUUG